AUGGUGAAAAGAAACAACAAUGACCCGUCUACUAGUUGCCCAGCAUCGAAGAUUCAGAAAACUGACAAAAUAAUUGAGAACAAUCAGGUCUGUGAGAGAGAUGAUAGACGUAUCCAGGAGAUAAUCGACAGUCAGAAAAGAAUAGAGACAACUAUCCAGGAAAUAGCUAAACAGUUGAGCUCAGCUGACCAAAUUCAGAUGAACAAUGAAGAUUCUGAAAGCGCGACGGCUACAAUGAUUGGAUGUCCAAAAAAAUCGAUAAAAAAUGAAACAAUGCUGGAGAGCGGAAAAUCCUUCAUACUGAAACAUAUUUUCAAAGAUGUUCCAGCACUGGAAACUGGCAAGUCACUAUGCAGUGAGUGGGAAGACCAUUUCGGCGCAUUAUGGAGAAUGCAAAUUAGACAUCAAGACACUUUCCUAGCCAUUUAUCUUGAUUUUAUGAGAAACGAAAACUGGGAAAACUUGACAACCGAAUUGAAUUUCAAAGUCAAAAUACAACCAGUGGGUUGUCCCAAAGAUGUAUAUCACGCUAAAGCUACUUUUGAAAAAAAUAGGAAGACUGUCACAAAUGGAUAUGCGAGACUCAUCAAUUGGGAUGAAGUGGAAAGGAAAUACACUGAGAACGGCAGGCUUCCCUUAGAAAUUCAAGUUAAAGUCAAUAAGACAAUCGAUGCACGCAAGGCAGAUCUGAGAAGUUUUGGGGAUGAAAGAAGCGAAUUUUCUGAUGUUACCUUGAACGUAGACGGCGAGCUUUUUCAUGUCUCCAAGCACAUUCUUGCUUAUCAUUCUGACUUCUUUCGAUCAAUGUUUGUGGGAAACUUCAAAGAGUCAACAAAAUCUGUGAUUGAGCUGAAAGGAAUUGAUCCAUACGACUUUGAAAAUUAUCUGGAAGCACUCUAUGGAAAAACAUCGGUCAUUAAUGAUUCUACAGUUGAAGGUAUCCUCUUGAUAGCCGAUAUGUACGGUACACAAAUCAUUGCCGACACGUGCACAAAGUUUCUGGAAAAGGAGUCAACUAAGAAGUCUGCCAAGAAACUACACAUGUCAUGUUGCUACAAUUUGGAAGGACUCAAGAAAACAUGUCUCAGUCAAAUCAACACCACUUCGGAAAUCAAAGCGGCUAUCCCAAAAAAUGCACAGAUUUUGGACAGAGCAACGAUGAUCUCUCUUCUUGAAAAAUUGAUUGACAAUUGA